AAUAUUUCCUGAUAGUUGUUUAUGUUACAAAGAUUUAUUGUUUUUGUAAAUAAUUAUCUUUGCUCUCGUUGAUCAAUAAUAACUAUGGAGCCGCCGCCGCUCCCGCCGCGACAGGCGGUUCCCAAAGACGGGAUAGGUCCAAGAGGUUUACCAGAAACAUACCAUACGGCCCGUGUUCUGGAUUCGACCGCCCGCUACGAAAGGUUUAUAAAAAAACUGCGCACAUUGGAGGAGGAGCAGAAGCGGGGCGCCAUCAACACUGAGAAGGAUUUGAAAGACACACAGUACAACGACUUCUUUAUUAGAUGUGAUCGAAGGUCACUAAUAAACAACGUGGCUCGAAGAGUUGAUCUCUGUUUGACAUCGUAUGAAGAAGAUCUCCAGGCCAAGAGAGCUAGGCUGACUGCUCUACUGACAGCGGAGGAAGAGAAGAAUAUCCGUAUGUUUGUGGAACAAGCGCAGGCGGGCGCCGAGGCGGUGUGGCAGGACAAGAAAAAGCGCCUCGCGUACUUACUCGCCAAGCGGAAGAAGGAACACGAUGAUAAAUACAGAGAUGUGCCGAUAUCCAAAUGCGUGCACGCACACCCGUGUAUAUUGAAGAUGGGUGCGAAGGAGUGUCAGGAUAUACGGCUGUACCAGAUUAAGGAGAACUUAGCUAAGAAGAUGUCGGAGAUUGAGAUGGACAAGAUGUGGCAUGCAGUCGCGCUUAAGGAGUCUGAGGCUUUGUCAGCUCGGAUGGAAAUGGACGCAAUCGAACGUUUGCGCCGUGAACACGAGUGUCUUAAACACAGCGAUGAGCAGAUCGCGCGGAAGAAGGAACAGAGACGCAAGGAACAGGAGCUGUUGAAGGCGGAGGCCAAGAAGUUCAGGGAACUCUACGAGGAGGAAUUGAGGAAGGAGGGUGCUGAGCAACUUGUGGAACAACAGAAGAAACUCAAAGAAAGCGAGGAUCGUGCGGCGUCUUUCAAGGACCGGCAGGAGACGCUGGAGAGGCUACAAGCUGAGAACAAGCUCGUCAAAGAUACGUGGGACUCUCUAUCUCACAUGGGGCUCAUGGAUGAGAAGUAUAAAGAGGAGUUGAGGAAGAAGAAAGAGAGAGAUUUAGAAAUGUGCAACAGGCGCAUAGUGAAGCUGAAAAAAGAUAGGGCGCGUGCGAUGGAAGCAGACGACGCGCUGUUUGAUAUUGAAGCGAAGAAGAUACAGGACGGCUUGGACCAGAGGCGGUGCCAGGAUCUAUUGCGGGUUAAGAAAAUGAAUGAUGAAGCCCGCGCCGGCAUAAAAGAGCAAAUAAAAGAGAAUGCAAUGGCUCGCGCAAAGGAGAAGGAUGCAGACCGCGACAUGCUGGAGUACCAGCAACAGCUCGGCAAACAGCUCGACCAGCUCGUGCAACAUCGCGAGCUCACUGAGGCACAGGCGCGCAAGCUGUUCCAAAAACAGUUGCUAGAACAGAUCGAGUAUAAUAAACUUAUUAAGGCGCGCCAAGACGCGGAGGAGUUAGACCAGAGGAAGAAAGGCAUUGCGGCGGCCGACGACUACCAAAAUGAAAUCACUAAGAUUAUGUGUCGACCAUCCUUAAGCGACGAAAUGCAUCCAUUUAUGAGAAAGAUGUAUUCAGGCUUAAAGAUGAAAGUAAAAUGCCCAUGUUCGAAGCCCGACUACUGCGCCGUACCAGUGCGAGAACCCAAGCCCGGUGACACGACAAAAGCAGGUCUUAAUCCAACCGAAACUAGUCCUGAGGAUGCUGGUAAUGAAGCUCCAAAUCCUACUAAGGAUUCCAAUAACCCUUGAAUUUUUGAUGGUGAUCCUAGACCUUGUUAAAGAGAUUGAUUUGAU